GCUGUGGGCGGGGCCGUGUGCGCGGACGGUACUUCCGUGUUUAUUCGGGAUGACGCUAACAACAAACUGUAGCGAGUCUGUCUUUAAAGUCACGCGUUUUUAACUUAUUUACGUCACGUUUUCAAAUACGGAACCGCUGCUAAUGCAGGCUAACACUGUUAGCAUCGGUGAAUGUGUUCCGCAUCGAGCGCGUUGGCUUCUGUUAGCUCCCGUUAGCUUCGGUUAGCUCACACAGCUGCUGUAAACAGAAUAGGUGAAGCUGGACAGGAACUUCCGGUCAGUGUUAGCCGUUAGCUUGGCUCAAAGCUAACGAACAGAAUGAUGAAGCAGGAGCGACUGCGUGAAAACAGACGCCCUCCAGCAGACUGUUCUACAGACGGCCAACAUCUGCUGCUGAUCAAAGAAGAGCUUCACACUGAGAUGAUGACCCGUCCAGAUCAGGAGGAGCCAGAGAAUCCUCACAUUAAAGAGGAACAGGAAGAUCUCUGGACCAAUCAGGAGGAAGAGCAGCUUCAUGACACGGAGGAGGCUGAUGAUGGAAAGUUCUCACUCACUGUUGUUCAAGUGAAAACUGAAGAUGACCCAGAGAGUCCUGACAUCAAAGAGGAACAGGAAGAUCUCUGGACCAAUCAGGAGGUCCAUGGCAACAAGUUCUCACUCUCUAUUGUCCACGUGAAGACGGAAGACGAUGAGGACGAACCUCAGUCCUCACAGCUUCAGGACAGCAGAGAAGCAGAGCCUCCAGACACUGAUGGAGAUGAUCAUCUUCACUCCGAUAAAGAAGACAACAAGACUUCAGACUCGUGUGAGACUGAAGACAGUGAGGAUUAUGAGAAGGAGACCAGAGCUCCUGACCAACGUCAGCCUCACAGACACAAACAGAGAGUUUCUACAGGACAGAAACCGCCUGUCUGCGACGUCUGUGGGAAAAGAUUCACAACAAAGAGUGAAGUUAAGAGACACAUGGUGGUCCACACUGGAGAGAAACCAAUUUCCUGUGAAAUUUGUGGGAAAAUAUUUACACAAAACAGUUCUUUGACGACACACAUGGUGGUUCACACUGGAGAGAAACCGUUUCCCUGUGAUGUUUGUGGGAAAAGAUUCACACAGAAAGGUACUCUUGAUGUACAUAUGCUGAUCCACACAGGAGAGAAACCAUACAUCUGUGGUGUCUGUGGGAAAAGAUUUAUAACAAAGAGUGAUGUUAAGAGACACAUGGUUGUCCACACCGGAGAGAAACCGUGCAGCUGUGAUGUUUGUGGGAAAAGAUUUAUGACAAAGAGUGAUGUUAAGAGACACAUGAUGGUCCACACCGGAAAGAAACCGUUUCACUGUGACGUCUGUGGGAAAGGAUUCAUAAUCAGUUGUAGCCUGAAGAGCCACAUGUGGCGCCACACCGGAGAGAAACCGUUUCACUGUGACGUCUGUGGGAAGAAAUUCACUCACAAACGUUCUCUCAACAUCCACAUGACAAAUCAACAUGUUUCGUUAACCGCGUAGACGACGUCGAUGUUUCUGACUUCAUCAUGUUCAUUUCAAGUAUUUCAACUCUAGUGUCUGUCAUGGACAUUAGGGCUGGACGAUAUGGACUAAAAGUUAUAUUUUUUACACGAGUUAUCGCCCAGCCCUAGUGGACAACGUCUGAAAGUACUUCUGUUAUUUAGUAGUAUUUUCAAACGUACUCAAACAUAAACAUGUUAUCAACAACUUACUGAAUUCAUCCUUACGUUCAAAUGUGUUGAGAUUAACCUCAGUAACACAAAGUGACCACAUGAGGCAGCACUGGACCAGCGGCUCACAUAGGUAUACUUUAGUUUUUCUCGUGUUCGUUUUUAUAAUGAGAAACAUUUUAUCCAUGUCAUAUUUUGUACUUUCUGAUACAGUGAUUUUAUCAUGUGUUUAUAUAUGUUUAUUUAUAUUCACUGCCUGGCCAAAAAAAAGUCGC